GUGUGUGGGGACGUUGCGGCUGGUUUCCAUUGUGGGGCUUACGUCUGUGAAGCUUGCAAAAAAUUUUUUCUCCGCUGCUUAAAAACCGGCCGGGGACUUAUGUUUCUAUGCCCUAAAAAUAGCAACUGCGACAUCACGAAGGAGACGCGGUCACACUGCCAACGCUGUAGGUACCAGAGGUGCAUUGCCCUGUCCAUGUACAAACCAGAAGAUGACAAAAAAUUGAAGGUUGACUAUAGGUCAAUACCGUGCAAAGUCUGCAAGGCACCGUCUUCUGGGUUCCAUUUUGGCGCCAUCACGUGCGAAGGGUGCAAGGGGUUCUUCAGACGCAUGUUGAAGGAGCAGGUGCACCGGAAGUUCAUAUGUUCGAACGAUGAGAGAUGCAACAUUGACUCGGCCAACCGCACAACGUGCAAAUCCUGCAGGUUCAACAAAUGUAUCAAAAUCGGGAUGACACUUGAAGGUGCUGCUGCUGCUACUGCUGCUGCUGCUGAUGAUGAUGAUGAUGACGACGACGAUGUGGUGAUAAUGAUGAUGAUGUGGUGGUGGUGGUGGUGA